AUGUCCCUGCCUCCCAUCGCGCCGCCACCACCUGCUGCUGCUUCCCGACUACAGCCUCGGAAGCAGCAGCAGCAGCCGUCGCCGCCGGCCGCAGCUCCCCGGAAAGCGGCGGCGGCACCCUUAGCGCCAACCAAGCCGCCUCGGAAAGGUCGCGGGGCGCCCACGGAGCGUGCCGGCGCCUUCUCUAGCUCCUGGCCCAGCGCCUCUCUCCAGAAGCAGCUGCCGCGCAGUAGAGCCGCCCAUGGCAGCAGGAACCCAGCGGCGCCCCUGACUGCCACCGCGGCCGCCACGAUCGGCUUGGGGUCCCCCCAGUCCUUCGCCCGGGGCCGCUCGGUCUUGGGGCCGCCGGGCUCGGGCACGCGCUCCUGCGAGAGCCUCUGCGCAGCGCAAGGAGGGCGCGGGGAGGCCGCCGCGCUGCGCUUCUCGCUCAGCCUUCCCCCGGAGGCAAUCCGGGUGCUGCAGCGCCGGAGCCUGGAGAAGCAGCAUCAGCAGCGGCAACGAGGGCGGACGCCCCGCUCGGGCGACCACGACGCCGUGAAGCGCCCCCUGGUGGGAGGCUCGGCGGCCGGGGGGGACUUGCGCACCCUGCUGCAGGUGUCGCUGCUCAACGAGCGCCACCGCUACGACGACGUGGAGUACGAGGAGGACGACGAGGCGGCGGGCGGCCCCUCCACGGCGGAUGAAGGGCUGGUGCGCAAGUGCACCGAGUGGCUGCGAGGUGUGGAGAGUGCCGCCGCUCGCGACCGGGCCGACAAGCUGGGCGCCCUGCCUCACCUGAGCACCCUCUGA